AUGUCAUCUGACAUCAAAGUUUACACCGUUAACGGUGCUCCCUCCAACUCGACCACCUCCCUUCCCGAUUGGCUUGUAAGAAAGCGUGCGGCCAAAGGCAAAUCAAAACGUGAAAUCAGAGAACACGUACAAGGGACCAUCGAUCUUGUCCAACACUUCGAGUUCCCCGAAGCCAGUAAUCGCAUAAAGACGACCAGGGAUGGACAUCAUGCUAUGGCUACCGGAACAUACAAGCCACAAAUUGCCAAAGGCAAAUCAAAACGUGAAAUCAGAGAACACGUACAAGGGACCAUCGAUCUUGUCCAACACUUCGAGUUCCCCGAAGCCAGUAAUCGCAUAAAGACGACCAGGGAUGGACAUCAUGCUAUGGCUACCGGAACAUACAAGCCACAAAUUCGGGUAUAUGACCUAGACCAGUUGAGCAUGAAAUUUGAAAGACAUACAGAUGCUGAGAAUGUGGACUUUCUUAUAUUAUCAGAUGACUGGACAAAGUCUCUUCAUCUCCAAAAUGACCGUACACUAGAACUCCAUACACAAGGAGGAUUCCAUUAUCGUACACGAAUACCCAAGUUUGGACGCACAUUAGCAUACCAUUUUCCAUCCUGUGAUGCUCUGGUCGCUGGCGCCGGGUCCGAGGUAUACCGUCUCAACCUCGCCCAGGGGAGAUUCAUGGCCCCCUUCUCACUUGAAUCUGAUAUAGAGGGUGUAAAUGCCAUAGACAUCAAUCCUGCACACCAAUUAUUUGCGUUUGGUGUCGACGGCCGUAGUGUUGUAGAUUUUUGGGAUCCACGCGCAAAGGCCAGGCUAAGUUCACUCGAACUGCCAGUGGGAAGACGGUGUGACGGCUUUAUCCUCGAGAGGCGAUGGAUUGUCAUUGGCGCACGGCCGUUUGCGACCAAGGACCAGGGAUAUGGUCUCCCUGUACAAUCGGUCUCAUGGAUUGAGGGAGGGAGUAGGAUGGCGGGAGAUGGAUUGGUUAUCAGUGCCGACAGGAAAGUCGUUAAGAUUUGGGAUCGCAACUCUCCUGGGUCUGACACAUUCGGCACACCUACAUUAAAACCUUAUAUGCAUGGGUUCUUCCUCUCUCUCAAACUAUACGACGCCGCACGGCUCAUUGCAAAUCCGUUUGCUUACGAGGAGCACCGCGAGCGUGUGGUCCGCGAUAAGCUUGAGAAACUCUCCGAGAGUCGGAUUCGGUCCAAGGGAGGAGAGAGUGUCAAGGUUAACAAGGCACUUGCAGAGAGAGCAAAGCGACUGGAAAGGAAGAAAGAGAAGGAGGGCAAAGAAGGAGUGUCGUUGCUCUCCGAUCCUCGUUUCGCAGAGGUAUUCGAGAAUCCCGAAUUCGAGGUCGAUACGGAGAGUCGAGAGUAUGGGUUGCUUAAUCCGUCCACAUCUUCUAAAUCUGCUCCAAGGGACCGAACAGCCGUCGAGUCUGAAGAAGAAGAUACCGAAAAGUCAUCUUCUGAUGGUCUUGGCUCUGGUUCUGAGUCGGACUCCGACCUCGGUUCCGAGGAUGGGAUGGAAAUGGACGAUGAUAGUGAUAGUAGUCGGGAAGGCGAUCUGGUGGCAUAUGACCCACGCUCUCGUCCACUAUCCAAAUCUCAGCCUCAUUCUGUUCCCCAACGGAAACAAACAGGGCCUCGUCUAACCACUUCCAGAACACGGGCUGCUCCAUCCAAACCAAAACAGCACAGCCUAGGUAAGGAUGCGCACGUGAACUCCCUAGAAGAUGGUGGAUUCGAGAUGUCGUUCGUUCCCUCUGGAAAGUCUGAUAGGCCGGAGCGGAAGACUAAUAGGCCUACUGGCGGCAAGAAGGUUGAGAGAUUCGGGGCCGGUAUGGAACGUGGAGGUUGGAGAGAUGAUGACUCUGUAUGGGGACUCUUCACUAAUGGACUGUCAAGAAAUACAUCUGGUGAGACAUCUGUCUCGAAGACCGUUUGUAAUUGCCAGAUGGGGGUCAAACAAACUACCUCCGCGUUAACCAUGUCAUCAUCCUUGGCGCUCGGCGAGCGGUUACGUAACUCUGGAUUUUACCUACUCGUGCCUCGCGGGGGAUAUCGAUGGCUCGUCUACGCGCGGAAGAUGGCUUCUCCAACCGCGAGUGAUGACUUUCCUACGCGCGGUUCGGGUCACAGAUUCAUCGCAACUCUCGUCUCUUUGUGGCUAGCCACACUACCUCCUGCUGCUUUUGCCGCAGGCUCGGGCCCAGUGGUACAUGGCGCGGAUGGUCUGUCUUACGUUGGGACUCGAAAUACCACCUCCCGUCAGGACUACUUUCUCGGUAUCCCGUUUGCCCAGCCUCCAGUUGGUCGACUGCGCUUUAAGCCGCCAGUCGCUUGGGCUCCUGGCAACACUACAGAAGUGGAUGCGACCCAGUUUGGUGCAACUUGUCAACAACCCACCGGAUACGUUCCGAUUAACAACGCCCUUUCCGAAGACUGUCUGACUCUGAAUAUAUGGAAACCAACGGAUGUGACCGAGAAGCUUCCUGUUAUGGUUUAUAUUUACGGAGGCGCCUUUUUCCUAGGAGACACACUAACCUACCCUGGAGCAUUCCUUGUAAACAGAGCCAAUGAGAUAGGAAAGCCAAUCAUUUACGUCUCUAUUAACUACCGCGUUGGUAUCUACGGAUUUCCACCGGGCCAAGCGGCGUAUGAUGCAGGAGGACGUAAUCUUGGAUUCAAGGACCAACGUCUUGCGCUCGAAUGGGUUAAUGAAAACAUUGGGUACUUUGGAGGCGAUUCCACUAAAGUAAGGAGUUCUACGGUUACUUUGUUUGGCACAUCCGCUGGAGGAAUUAGUGCAGGCGUUCAAACCUUUUACAAAAAAGGCGAAAUAGGUGGGCUUUUCCAUGGAAUAAUCUUAGAGUCUGGAUCACCUGGGACUGUUCGUGCACUUAAACCCGACCAUCCGAUACGAGAAGCUGGAUUCCGGUUUCUCGCAAAUGCUACAGGAUGCCUGAGUGGCCCAUCUGUCUGCGACCUUCGUACUCUUCAGCCCGACGGUCCGAUACCAGCGGCUGGAUUCCAGCUUAUCGCGAAUGCGACAGGGUGCUUGGGUGACCCAUCCGUGUUUGAGUGCAUACAGAAAGCACCAGCUGAUGUUCUCAGUCAAGCCAACGUCGAUGUGCUUGCGCUUGAACCGACAAUAUUCGGGCCAAGUUACUCACCAGAAGACGACUUUAUUGCCGAGCCUGUACGCGAUAUUUUGUACAGCGGCAAGUUUGCGAAAGUACCAUUUAUCAAUGGAGCUCAACUCGAUGAAGGUCCUAUUCUUAUCGAUAUGCUGGCAACCAACUUUAGUUCUGAACAAGAUAUCGUCGACUGGCUUACAUCUGGUUUUGGAAUGUCGAACUUAACCGCUAUCAAUGAGUUAUUGAAGUUCUACUCCACCUCACCUGCGGCUGGGUCACCUUAUGGGACUGGUGACGAGACAUUUGACAAAGGGCCCCAGUUCAAGAGAAUCGCUAGUGCAUUGGGAGACUACUUGUUCCAAGCACCCCGCCGAGAUCAUCUCACCUACGCAACCAAGUUCGGAGUAAAAUCCUGGUCCUACAUACUCAAGGAAUCAUCCUUGGGAUUCCCACCCAAGUAUGGCAUUGCCCAUGGCGGGGAUAUACCGUUUGUGUUUCAAACACUAGACAUUAAUCACCCCAACGCCCCUCAGGCAGCGAUUGAGUUGAUGAAAACAAUCGGGUCCUACUGGGUGAAUUUCGCAUAUAGCCUAGAUCCGAAUGCAGGAGGGGACAAUCUUCCUCUCUGGCCACAAUACGGAGAGGAAAAGGUUGCAUUGCAACUACUGGGGUCCAAUGUAACAACAAUAGAAGACACAGAUAGGACUGAGGCUACCGAUUUCAUCCUCAAGAAUGACGGAUCCUUCUAA